UUAAAUAAAACAGCUUUAAGAAAGCUCAGAAACAGAAAGUUAGAAUUCGUUUGCUGCGUAUAGUAUUCUCUUAUCAACAUUACAUUUACAUAACUUUCGUUUGUUUGUAAUUUCAAAUCUUUGUGUACAAAACUCUCUGAAGAAACGCCAUAACCCAGCAAAAUCAAUAUCGAGUGAAAGAACUAACAACGCCAAGAACAACAACAACCUCCAGAUCAUAAGGCAAACAACCUCUUUCUCAAUCAUACGUUUCAGCACUGUCAAUCGCACAACAAUCAUCAUGUCGGUCAGACGCACAAUGUCCACCUCCGCCAAUUCCGCCAAGGAGUGGCGGAAUUAUUUUAUGAGCACCCAUUUCUGGGGUCCAGUGGCCAAUUGGGGCAUCCCGAUUGCGGCAAUUGCUGAUACGCAAAAGAGCCCCAAGUUUAUCUCUGGCAAAAUGACAUUAGCCCUGACGCUCUAUUCGUGCAUCUUUAUGCGAUUCGCGUACAAAGUGCAGCCCAGGAAUUGGUUGCUCUUCGCAUGCCAUGCCACAAAUGCUUCGGCACAAGCCUUCCAAGGAUUGCGAUUCCUCAAUUAUCAGCGAACCCAACAGGCGGAGGCGUAGACAGACGACACUACCCUCCCAGUUGAGAUUCAGCGUGCGAUGCCAUUUUCAAUAUUUGCACAACUAACGAGGCGCAACAAAUGACACGACUAAUGAUGACUGCAAAAUCUGCUGCAGAGACACGCAACAAUGGAAAUAUCAUCAUCAACAACAUCAUCAUUAUUGCACUGCCAUUGUAAUAGUCUGUUAUUAUAUAUCCGCAUCAUCAAAUUAGCUGAAUCUCAACGAAAAUUGGCCAUACACUAUAUGGGUGCUACUUUAUCUGGACUUGGCCAUUUUUUAUUCCCAACUCUAAUCCGAUUCAGAAACGUGACGAGGCUAGACGUGUCUACGACGAUGUUGUGUUUAAAUCGAGUCCACGCUUUUCAUUCACUUCUAAUUAACAAAAAAGAAUCCGAUUUUCCCAAAUUUUACGUGCAAUAACUUUUCAGUACAAUUGUUGAAUAAAUAAGUCAUCAAAAGA